GUUGACCCUGGGUCCAUGCCGCGCGAUGGCGAGGGUAUGCGGGCCACCGAAAUUAGCUUCCUGCAGGAGCAGAACAAGCUCGUUUUAGAAACCCUCGAGCGCGUGCGGUACCCGGUGGAUCCCGGUGGACGAGUGGAGCAAGAACGGGAACAAGCUCAUGAGCAGAUUCGAGCCUGUCAGGAUCGCGAUGCCUCCCUGCGGAGCGAACUCCAGGCCAUUAAUGAUAAGAUUGGCUCGUUGGCCGAACGCCUGCGGCAAGAUAAGUCUGAAACGGCUUCCAAGGAUGAGCAUGUCCGGGUUCUCUCUGAGCAGAACAAACAGAUGCUGACCAUGCUUGAGACCGAGGAGCAGAAGGCCAAAGCCACUGCAGAGUCCAUCAAGCAAUUGGAAAGUAAGAACCGAAAGCUCCAGAAGAUUGCAGAGGAAUUUGACACUGCUAAGGCAGACUUGGAGCGACAGGUCUCUGAAGCCAAGUCCAAGUGCGCGGACACCGUGGCCACGGUGAAGAAUCGAGCUCGACAUAGCUCGACCGGCAGGUUCAACGCUCCGUACAAUUCGCCGAUGGAUGUGAUCCUCGAAGCUUUUGGCAGCCUGGAAGUGCGUGCAGCUUUCCUGGGAGGACUGCUGGCAUUCAUUGUGCACUUUACCAAGGAAAUUGCUAGAUCCAACCGCAGACAACGACUCAGCUGCCCCAAGUUGGCUCUGCCGCGGCUGCUGAGCGCACUCUGCUGCUGUAGUCUGGGAGGACUCUGCGUCCACGCCACGAAAAAUGCAGUGGAGCAUGGACCAUUCUCAGUGACUUUAAGGCGGCAGGUGAUCCCACUUCAUAGUGAGGAUGGUGUGGUCCACCAUAAGAGCGCCUACUAUGGGGAGAUUUCCGUGGGCACGCCUCCGCAACCCUUCGAGGUGGUGUUCGACACGGGCAGCGGGCAUCUAGUGCUACCGUCCAUCAUGUGCCGCAGCGCCACCUGCCUGAGUCACCGGCGCUACCGCCGGCGCGCCUCAUUGGUGGCCAAAGACAUUGAUGUAGAUGGCACCCCGGUGAUGCCCAACCAGGCACGGGACCAGAUUACGGUCUCCUAUGGCACCGGUGAAAUCACCGGGAUCUUCGUGCAAGACAAGGUAUGCCUAGGCCCCAAGGCACCUGCGCCGGCGCAGAAGGGCCGCGUGGCAGGCAGUGCGGCGGGAGCAUCGCUGUUGCAGCUCGACCGAGCCCGGAUGCAAAGUGCCGCAGAGCUGGUGGAAGAUGAUGAGGACGACGAGGCCCGCCCCAAAGGUGUGGACCACGGCUGUGUGGACCUCCGUCUGGUCUCGGCCACCGAGAUGACGGAUGAUCCGUUUUCGAGCUUCCGCUUCGAUGGCGUGCUGGGGCUGGGUCUGCCCAGCUUGUCCCAGACGAUGGAGUUCAACUUCCUGGAGGACAUGUGGGACAUGUGGGACCCAUAUCAACAGCGAAAAACAUUUCGGUGA